AACAAACGGAAGCGAAUGCUGAGCGUAAUUCCUCUCAUAUUUACAUGUGGAGCCGUGAGUUUCGGUUCAAUCACAUGAAAGUAAAUUAUUAUCGAUAUUCUGUUCUUGUUAUACGUUAGUUGUGGAGAUAUGAACCGCCUCUCUGACAGCCAGGCUCGGUCGGGUCGCAGCCCUCCUCCUCUGUCUGGUUCAUCGCAGCUCUGUCAGACGUUGGACUCCGCUGCAGAGCUCAUGAUGGUCCAUGGAGAUUUCCAGGCGGCUUUUGACACCUGCGACGCGGGUCUGGAGAGUAUGGGGCAGCUGGAAGCAGAAGAUAACAGGUGUGCAGAGUUAAAGGCUGGAUUCUGCAUGAUAGGGAUCCAGGCGCUGGCUGAGCUCAAUCGGUGGCGGGAGGUUUUCUCCUGGGUCAUGCAGCAUUAUGAGCACCAGGAACAUGUUCCUGCUAAGAUCAUGCAGUUGUGCAUCCUUCUUCACUCAAAAGUGGGGGCGCCUGCUGUGAUGCAAGAGGCCUCCCGGGUUUGGUUAAACUGCCCGUCAAACGUCGGAGCUUCUGGGUUCCGGUCUGUGGCAGAGCUCUAUCUGCUGCAUGUGCUCGUGCCUCUCGGACACUUGGAGGAAGCGCGGGAGCUCGUCGCCAGCGAGGUUGGCUGUGUCGCGUUCACAGAGGAGCAGAGACAAACUGCUUUGGAUGUUGUGGAGGAAAAAGCCAGACAGAGUCAAGAAGAUCCUAAAAAUCCUGGAGAUGCUUCAGAUGCUGAGAUCGCAGCACAUCCGACCUCAAAUCAAGGUUCUUUACUCCAUAAACUUGAAGCCAUGGUCAGGGUUUUAUACAGAAGUUGCUCGAGGAUCGGCUCAUACUCUUUCCCCGUUCAGAAAGUCGUUCUUGCAGUUCUUCUCCUCUACAUGCUUUUGUUCCGAAUGGAUCCAGCCCUCCCAUCAUCCUUCAUGUGGAUUUCCAAACUUCUUCAGCUGAUUAAACAGAUGUGGAGCGCCAUGUUAGCACCACAUUAUCAGCCUCUCACGUAGAGGAGCAAAAUAAAUCACACCAUCAUUACAUAUUUAUUGAACAGUUUAUUAAUCUAUUUUACUACAUUGAUUGAAGAAGACAGGUUUUUAGAGUAUUAAUUCAGUUUUUGCUUUCAAGUUUAUUUCUAUAAAUAAAACACUUAUUGCUGCUGAAUUUUACAGUGAAGUUUGGUUGGGUUUCUGUGCGGUGAAAAGAUGCGAUGAGCCUCGGCUGCUUCAGGGAUGAUAUGGAUUGGUCUAAUCGGUGAAAUCCUGAAUUCUACUCUUCCAAAAACCACACUGGGCUUCUAUAGAGCCGUAC